AUGUCUCAACGAACUGCAGAACUAUUGACCCAAAGGAAAUCUCUGCCAAUUUGGAGUGGGAGGGAGAGUCUUGUGCGAGCCGUCAUAAACAAUGACACUGUUGUUAUUUUGGGGGAAACCGGAAGCGGCAAGACUACUCAAGUACCCCAGUUCUUACUGGAAUCUCAGAAUUUUAAGGGGGUUAUUGCCGUCACGCAGCCCCGAAGGGUUGCCGCCAUCUCACUAGCCGGCAGAGUCUCCGCUGAACAGGGCACCAUACUGGGUGAGAGGGUUGGGUAUGCGGUACGGUUCGACGAGAAGAGCGGUCCUGAGACCAAAAUCAAGUAUCUGACGGACGGCAUGCUUGGGCGCGAGUUAAUGUCCGAUUCAUUGUUAUCGCGUUAUAGCGUCAUCAUCGUGGAUGAAGCUCAUGAAAGGACUCUUCGAACCGACCUAUUAUUCUCAGCCCUUAAAAGGAUUCAGCGUCAUAGGAAUUCGGGAAAACGAGCAGAUACUAAGGGUAAAGCUCCAGAGCACGAUAAGGAAAACCCUUUGACUAUCAUCAUUAUGAGCGCUACGCUGGACGCCGAGCGAUUUAGUAAUUUUUUCAACGGCGCGCCGAUGCUGUACGUGAAAGGCAGACAACAUCCCGUAAAAGUUUACUACACCGAAAACUAUCAGGAAGACUACGUGGAAUCUGCACUUCGCACGCUGUAUCAAAUUCAUAUGAGCCAUGGAAAAGGCGACGUACUCGUUUUUCUAUCUGGUCAGGAUGAGAUCGAAAGUUUAAAUAAAUCCAUCAACAUUUACGCGGACCAAAUGCCUGAGGGAAAAAUGAAAAUUCUGACUUGUCCACUCUAUGCAGCUCUCCCACAGCACAAGCAGCACAAGAUAUUUAUACCAGCUCCCCCUGACACUCGGAAAGUUGUGCUUGCGACAAACAUUGCUGAGACAUCCAUCACAAUACCAGGGAUCAAGUUUGUCAUUGAUACCGGUGUUGCAAAGGAAAAGAGUUUUGUAACACAGAAUCACAAAGGAACCGGGAUGGAUGUAUUGCUCGUAAAACCAAUAAGCAAGUCAUCUGCCCGGCAACGGGCUGGUCGAGCAGGUCGAGAGGGGCCUGGUGUUUGUUUUCGUCUUUAUACAGAAGAAGCCUUUAAGAACUUCCGGGAAGCAGCUACCCCAGAAAUACAACGGUGCAACCUUGCCUCUGCUGUCUUGACACUCAAGUGUUUUGACAUCGAUCCAACCUCGGAGGAAUAUCUGGAUCCUCCCAGCGAAGAAAGUGUACAAAGUUCCCUCCUGAUUCUGUAUGGCUUACAAGCGCUUGAUGAGAAAGGGAAAGUAACUGCUCUAGGAAAGCAAAUGGCGAAUUUCCCACUUGACCCUCCGUGGGCAUGUGCGCUCUUGGCUUCACAAGAGUACUCGUGCACUGCAGAGGUUAUCAAGAUUGUGUCAUUUCUAUCCUCCACAUCUAAACUCUUAAUGGAGCCAACUUCGGAGGAGCGUGACACGGUGGCCGAUAUGCGAAACAAGUUCCGGCACUCUUCUGGCGACCAUCUCACCCAUUUAAAUAUUCUUCAUGCAUAUGAAGAAGUGAAGGCAGGCAAUGGCGGCCUCGAUGGUCCAGGUAGCAAGCGAGCGUUGAAAGACUGGUGUCAGAAACACUACAUCAACGAACGUGCAUUUGCAGAAGCGGGCGAUAUAGCGCAACAGCUUGCACUUGCCUGCAGACGCGUGGGCAUCGACCCUACCACAUCAUGUGGUGAUGAGACAGAUGGCGUCCUUAAAAGUAUUCUCCGUGGCACUUUCCAAAACUGUGCCUUGAUACAGCAAGACGGAACGUACCGGCAAAUAGUGUCAAGAUUGCCCGUGAAAAUACACCCUUCAUCAACUCUGUUCGGACGCAAAGUACCCGCAAUUGUCUACGACGAACUAAUCUUCACGAACAAUACAUAUGCCAGAACAGUUUCUGCACUUGAGCAGUCCUGGAUUGCCGAACUCGCUAUUCACAACCGACGUUCAGCUUGA